AUUAAAUUAUAGAAUCGUUGUUUGGUCGAUGGCCGUUAUGGAAGACUUUCCCAAAGAUUUAUCGUACGACAGCUAUGGCUGGGACAUCAUUUGCGAGUGAGUAAUUACGCGUUAUUUUUUCUAUUUUUAAGAUUCGGCCUGUUCAGACCCAGAUUAUUGAGCGGGACGUGUCCCGGGCUCACGUAUGUAAACCCUCUUUUAAGAGUUGAUCACAACGUUGAAAACCGUAUGCCUUCAUUAAAAUCCCCUUACCUUCUCGGUACUACCAAAUAUUAUAAAUAUUAACACGCGACAUUCACGGUCAACAUGUGAGAUAAACCUCGUCCCAUUAGAAAAAAAAAAAAAAAAACCCCGUGGCCACGGUGUUUUUGCAUAUGGAUUAUUAAUACUUCAUGAAUUAUGCGACCUAUUUUUAUCAUUGAGUGUCGCUUAUUUGCGUAAUAUCGUAGUAUUUAAACAACCAUUUAGGAAAAACAAACAAAUCUAAAUAAGAGCAUAGUGUGGCUUAAACUUAAUCUAUAAUUCGUGCUGGAUAAAAUUAAAAUUGAUUUCCCUUAAUUAUUCCGGUAUUUUUAUUUACUUGCUAUACAUUAAAAUUUUUAUCGAACAUAAUAAAAAAGUUUAGCCUGAUUAAAUGUCUUAGUAAAUUAUUAUAAUCAGACCUCGUUUGACUAUUAAAUUAAUCGACUGGGCUGUAAAGGGAACGUAAAGUUUUUACUUUGGUCAGGGUUCUAGUAUAUCUACAUUGAUGGACCUUAUUUUGCCAAUUUCAAAAUUUACUUUGAGACGCCCUCCUAUCUUGUGCUGUAUAAAAAAAAAAACAUUCUCUAAGUUUGAAGCCAUUUGAAGAAUAUUUAGUAAAGGCGCAAGGCUUUUUAAUAUUCAAUAAUAAAAAUAUUGUACAUACAUUAAAUGAAAACAGUGUAGAAACAACCACAGAGUUUUAGGGGCAGUGAAACGAGGGGGAAUGAGGGGGAUAUAUUCCCCUAUAUUAUGUCAUUUUACUUAAACAUUUAUAAUAAUUUAGGUACUGAUUAGUUUUUUUUAGCAUUCACAGUGUUAAUUCCAUUUGUGUGGUUAAAUUAUUAUGCAUAUAUUCAAAUUCUGAUAUUUGGAAUUUUUAUGUAUAGUAAAAAAAUGAUAUUUUUGAGUAUAGAUUUUUUUAUAAUACUUAAAGAAUAACCUAUGGUGAUAUCAAAUUUGCUUUUUCAAAUGAGAACCUACGUGUUUCAAUGCUAAUCGUCAAUUGGAUGAAACUUCUAAAAAUGUUAACAUAUAUUUUAAUCAAAAUUUGAUUGGAAAAGUUUUUGAGUGUUCUGCUUUAAAUACCAAGGAUAACAACUGGAUCAAAAUAAAAAAAAAAAAAAUUAAUGACAUUUUUAUUUAAUGAUACAAACAAAAACAAUCCUUACCUUAAAUUAUCUAUCUGUGUUUUUAUGAUGUUGUUUAUUUGACAUAUAUGUCAUAUAUGUUCUUUUAAUGAAGACGUAGAGUGAAUUUUGAUAUUCAUUGGUGGUUAUAGGCAGAUUUUUAAAUUGGAUAAAAAAUUAACAUUUUUCAAUCUGAUUGGAACUGAUUAUACUAAACAAACCUAUGUACUAUUUAUGCAACUAUAAAAUAAUCACCUAUUUAAUAUUGAAAUUUAUAAAAUUAAUUCAUUAUCAAAUUGGUGAGGAUAGGUAGUAAUUAUGUAUUUAAAUAUUUUUUAAUACAUUUUAUUGUUUAUUGUCUAGGAUUGAUAAAUUGCUGGAAGAUUAUAAGUCUGAUACAGAAGACUCAAAUGCAGUUAAUUACCCUAAUGAUUUGGUACCUCUUUCAGUAAGUAAAGAAAAUUAUCUAAAAAUAUACAAAAUGAUCUGCUAUCUAAAUAGAUCAGCAAAUAUUUCUUAAAAUGUUUAAUAGGUAGAUAAGUAUUUAAAUAUUGUUAUGUUAUAUAGGUUAGGGGAUUCUCCACACCUUGGUUAUGAUGACAAGGGUUGAAAUAAUUAAAUUUAAUAUUAAUUAAUAAUAAGAAAAAAAAUUAUCUCAAAUAAUAUAUUGAUUAUAUCUACUUCUGGACCAAUGACUAUUUCAAAUGGUAUUCAAAAAUAAUGGUAUAAAUCCACUUGUCUCAGGAGGGGGGGUGAUCGCCCUUAUCGUCACCACACCCCCAAAUAAUAUGUUUAUAUGAUACUCUUCAUAAUGAAUUAAUUAAUUUUACAAAAAUAAAUUUAAAAAAAAAUCUUAUAAAACCAGUUGCUAAAAAAAAAUAGCAUUGUGAGCUGUGAGUAGGUGUCGGAUAGGGAUUUCUAAAGUGGUUGUAGGCAAUAAAAUUGUAAGCAGUUAUUAUAAACCUAGUUAUAGUUCAAUGAAAAAUAGCUCAAAAAAUAUUUAAAGCCAGUUAUAAAUUAUACUAUCUUUAGGAAAACAGUUCCCAGAGAUCUUCAACUGACCUUAUAAUAUAUUAUGAAAAGUUUAAUAAUACUAAUAAAAUAAAUUUUCAGAGUAUAACCUAUGAUUUUGUAUGUAUUUACUAUAGUAUACAAAAUAAUUAUUUAAUUUAUAUGAUUAUUUCAUGUGUAGUAAUUGAUAUGUUGUAAUUCCUUAAUUUGAAAUGAAUAAUAGCAUGCAAAAGAAAAAAGAAAACAUAUGAACAAUUAAUAAAGUAAUGGAACAAAUCUAGUUUACGACAUAUGUUUAUUUUUCAAAUUUUUUUUUUUAAAAAAUGUAACUUUUUGACUGUACAUUAAGAAUAUAUAUAUAAAAAAAGUUGAACUUUGUUUGAAAGUUGUGGGGGAAUGCUUCAUGAAGUAUAUUCCGUUUUGUUUAUUUCAUAGUGAGGAUAUAACGUUGUCAAUUUUUUUUUUCUUCGAAAUUUGUAAUUUUUAUGCUUAAUCCAUUUGUUUCAUUAAAACUUAUCACCGUCUUUACUUUUGAAGUUAAUGUUCAUAAAUCUUGUAAAAUAGCAUUUUGGAUGCACCUAGAGACCUGGUGAGGUUGUUAAGGUUUGAACAUUUGUAACUCUAAAUCUAAGCCAGAUAGAUUUAUUCUGACUAAAAUAAAAAAACUUUUUAACAAAAUAUCAAUAACUACAAAUCAUAUUAAUAAUAAAAACGACCAUACUUUGGAUUAAUUUUAAAAAUGCUAUGUUUCAAGGUUUAUGUAUAAUAACUAUACAAGUAAGUAUGAUUUGUAAGUUUUGAUUAUACUAAUGAAUUGAGCAUUAAAAACCACACAUUUUGAAAAAAAAAAAAAAAUUGAAAAAUGAGCUUGGGUUAUAAAUUAGAUUUAUACCAAAGUAAUUAUUAAUGAGAAUAAUACUUGAUAAUAAUUACUGAUAAAAACACUAUAUGUGUUUAUUUAUUUAUACCAUGAUAAAAUAUAACAGAUAUCAAAAAUUAGACAUUUGGUUUAAUUAAGCAAAAAAGAAAAGAAAAUAUUCUAAUAAUAAAACAAAUAAUAACAAAUAUAGAUAUUUUAAUAGAUAAAAUGGUAGAAAUGGUAGUAAGUAAUUAUUAUAGUAUUAUAUUAGGAUCACAGAUCGUGUCAUGUCAUUUAGUCAUUAAUCAUUAGUAAGUGUAAACAGGUAUACUAGUGAGCGUACUAUGUACAAUCUUCUGUUAGAAAUAAUGUUUUAGAUUCUGAGUGGAGCGAAGAAUUUCAUGGUUUUACAAGGAUAUUUAUUUUAUUUUCCUGUGGACAACUUUUUUACUAUCAAUUUUGCUUCAACUUGUAAUGAUAGCAAUUUUUCUAAAAGGAAAUUUCACUGAGGAGGUACUUUAGAGUUUAGAUAGGUCAUUUUUUUGAUUUUAUCAAGAGUUUUCCAUUAAAUGUGAAAAACAGAAGAAAAACUGUAUCCAUUUUAAUUUUGAAAUUGGAAUAACUGGAAUUUUACCAUAAUAUGACAUAUUUACUGUUGACAAAGCAGCACUAUCAACUAAACUCCGCUCAGAAUCGUUUUUUUUUUAGUAUUGGUUUAUCGUUGCUUUCAGAUGUACAUUAUAUAUUAAUUAUUACAAUGGCUAAACUUGACUCCAUUAUCCUAGGACUUCUUUUUUAUAUUAAUUUGCAUUGUGUUGACUGAGGAUCAUUAUUAAAUAAGAAUUCUUCAUUAUUAAACUGCUGUAAUUAUUAUUGAAAGUUUAACACUAAAUUAUUAAUAUUAUUGGACAAAAUGUGUGUUUUUGCAUGCUUAAUGUGAUGUUACUUUCAAAAAAAGUUGGUCAAACUUCAUUUGGAAGUUAUGGUAAAAUAACUUGCUUUAUGUGAUUACACAACAACUGGAAAAUAAAAAAAGUAAUUUUCAAAAAUCAAUUUUGAAUUACUUUAAUAUGCAAAUGAUUGAAAUAACAUUAUAAUUAUGUUUUUCGUGGUUUAUUAAUAAUAACAUAGAAAGUAAGUAAAAUAGUUGAAUUCUGAUUUCACCAAAAUGUUAAGCAUAUGGUAGGAAUUUACCAUUUCUAUAAAAAAUUUCAAAAAUGUAAAUUUUUGGUAAUUAAAACAACACCACACGAUUUUUAUAAAGCAUUUAUAGAGCAUUUUGAAGUUUUUUGACCAUAACUUCCCAAUGAAGUUUGAGUGAGUUUUUGAAAAGUACCAUCAAAUUUACCAUGCAAAAACACACAUUUGGAAAAAAAAUUGCUUGGGAGCAAUUUAUUACAUUUGUUCUGUAAACUAUAUGAUCCUUAUGUAUUCUUUUAUAACAUAAAAGAAACAAUACAUUAUACUGUUUUGUAUAAUACUUAAAAUAUUCAAUAAGAGAUUUAAACUAUUGAGAGCUAAAAAAAAAAAAUAAUAUACAUAUAUACUGAUUCCAACAUGAGUAUUAAAGUAGCGAAUAAUUUCAAAUUUUUAUCACCAAUUAGACUGAAAAUCCACGGGAACCUUGUUUAGAGCAUAACUAAUUAAGUGAAAAUCAUAUUUAAAAAUCACAGCCUUAUGAGAGAUAGAGCUUAUAGAGACAAAUUUGUAAAGUAACUUAUACUACUUAAUGUUGAUAGUAGUAAUAUGAAAUAUUUUAUGAUAUUUAAUUAAUUGAAUAUUGUAUAAUUAAAUAAAUUAUUUUUAUGGAGUGUAUUUUUUAAAUAAUUAUUUAGACUGCCAAUAUUUUAACUCAUAGCCCUGCUGAACAGAAUGAAGUAGAAUUUGUUGGGUAAUAUAUUGUUGAUUUAUAAUGUUUAAUGAUUUAUUUAAUAUGAUUAUAACAAUAUACUUUUUAGUAAAAAUAAAGCAGUUUUUGAACUGUUAGAAGACAAUGAGAAGUAUGGCGUUUAUGAAUACAACCCAAAUGAAUGUAAUUGGAAUGUUUUUUAUAAAACAUUGCCUCUUGUAAGUAAUAUACUUGUAUUUUAAUUAAUUACCUAUUUUUAUUAAUCUUAUAUUCUUGGAUCAAUUUUUGCGUAAGAAAACAAUUUAUAUCUUAAAAGCAAUUACUAUUAUUAUAUUUUAUUUAUUUAAACAAAAUUUUAUUUUUUAAAAAACAAAAUUUAAAAAAAAUUUCAUUAUUAUGCUUAUACUUAAAGAGUUUUUGGAAGAUAUAUUUAAAUUUCCUUAGCAUGUAAAAAAAAAAAUAUAGAAUAGAGAAAAAUAUCAAUGCAAAUAUCUUUUGUUUAAUUAAAGUAAAAAAUAUUAAUCAAAACUAUUUUUUAAAUUUAUGAUUCUCAUGUUUAUUUUAAGGGUGAAAAUUUACAGAAAAUAAAACAAGAAUCAGGAAUUGAAACUAUAAAUGGUGACUAUAAAUAUUUUUGUUAUUUGCUAAUUUACAUAAUUUGUAUUGUAUUGUAUUUAAUUUAAUUUUAAAUGAUACUUCUUUAGUUAUGUAAGUUAUAACUUAUGAGUUAAAUAAAAUGUAUAUUAUGGGUUUUAUGUAUUUUCAACAUAUUGCAAUAGUAUAUUAAGUAACUAAAUAAAAUAAUGGAAACAUUUUCUCUAACCGUAAAAAGUUGACUUUUAUAUUACUUAUUAAUCUAAAAAUACAAUACUUAUUGAUUUGUAUAUUUGUACAUUUCUAUGUUAGGUUAAUUGUAACUUAUGUCUAAUAAAAUUGUAUUUAAUUACAAUAAAUAUACAUAUUUUUAGGCUAUUCCGCUGAAAAUCAACAAAUAAACGUUAAGCUUGAAAUUGAUAUUGGUGAAUCAAAUGAUCAAAGUCAGGUGAAUAAAUAAUUAAUAGUUAUUAAGUUUUAACCAUUUAAAAUAACUAUUCAUAUUCUAAUCUAUGUUGGUAUUUGAGUUGUAAGGUAAAAGUCCAGGUAGAAUCCAUGGGAAGUCAUGGUAAUCCAUGGUAUAAAUAACUAACAAAUAACUAAUGGUUUCUAUAUUAUUAUAUUAAUUUUAUUAUAUUUUGGUGAUUUAUUGGUUACAAUAUUACGAUUAGUAAAACCAUAAUUUGUACUAAGUAUAAACGCCACAAAUCAUCUACUAUGGAUUGUUUUUUUUUUUAUAUAUAUAGUCAAUCUUCUCAUGAAAUUAUUUAUUUGUGUUAAAAAGCAAUAUUUUCUAAAUUUGUAAUGUCUUUAUCGUGUAAGGAACAUUGUUUAACUUGUGGCAUAAUUACAAAUAGGGAAAGGAGGAGUGCUUACAACUCUCAGUUUUAAAAUUACUACUAUUAGAAUUUUCAUAAUAUAAUUUUUAAACUUUGCAAUAUAUUUUGAUUAAUUAAUUAAAAUAUUUUACAAAAGCCAAAUUUUUUACAUUUUAAUGUGUUUUGAUGUUUAUUUAAAUAUAUAUAUAUAUAUUAUAUUCUACAAAUGAAAUGACAAUUUAUUUCAGGUUAUCACAUGGUUUUAUAUUAUAUAAUAUAUAUUAAUUAGCCAUGAAUCCAUCUAAAAAGUAUAUAAUAUAAUACAUUUGAAAUAUGUAUAUUUUUUUCUGUUGUUAGACCUUUAAUAAUACAAAUCAAUAUCUAUCAGUAACAAAGGAGAACAUUCCAAAUCUUGAACAUUCAGUAGUAAAUGAUGAAAUAAUGCUCAAUUUAUGGAAAACACCACUUUUUUCUAACCAGAUAUCAACUUGUCCACCAAAUUUAAAUCCUGAAUCUUUGAAAAUUAGCAAACCUGAAAACCAUGAAGAUAAGAAUGUUAAAUUGAAACAUUCAUAUUCUGAUAAAGGAUUAACUUUCAAUACUUUGAAUCCUACAUAUUUACAAAAUUUUAACUUUGAAAAUUAUAAUAAAGAUAAGAAUAUUGUAUUGCAAACUCCUUUAUCUGACAAAUCAUCAAGUUCCGCAGUAUAUUUUAAUACCAAUUAUUCAAAAGCAGAAAAUUAUAAAAAAGAUAAGGAUAUUUUAUGGAAAACAUCCACUUCCAGAAGUAUUCCAAAUUCUGAGCAUUAUGGAAAUUACAAUCACAGAGAUGACUAUGUAGUUCGGGUUAGGAUAUAUGUAUAUUUACUGUUGUUUAUUUAGAAUAAGUUUGUUAAUAUGACAUUAUUUUGUACAUAAAUUUAUUUGUUUUUUUUAAUUUAGGACACCAAAACAAAUUCUAAAUUCAUUAAUUGGAAACAAUACUACCAAAAAUACAAUUCAAGUUUUAGUCGUCAACGACCAUCCAAGAAUUACAAGGUUCUAUUUUUUUUUCUUAAAAAAUAAUAAAUAUUUUGUUAUUAGUUGUAUAUAAUAUAGUAUAUGUAUUGCAUGUAUUUUUGGGUAGAGUGAUGGCUGUUGUGAGAAGAUAUGAUAAGGAAUGAGUACACAAUAGGUAACUUAGGUAUGGCUUUGGUAGUAGACAAAAUGGGGGAAAGAUUCAGAUGUUUUAGGUGUCUGGAAAAAGGAAUCUGAAUUAGUAGAAAUUAUAAUUAAAAUAAACUUAGGAGGAAAAAAGGUAGAAGAAGAUCAAAAAGAGAUUGUUGGAUAUUAUUGAAAAUUAUAUGAGGAUAGGUGGAUUAAGUAAUUUGAGAGAUUGGGUCAAGUGGGAGCCAACCACAAAUUGUUGAGAUGAAACAGAAGAGGAUUUACUUUAUCCAUAGUACAUAGGUUAAUGUACAUAUAACCUGAUUAAACUACAUAUUAAUAAUAAAUUUCCUAUUUCCUACUAUACCCAAAACAUAAAUACAAUUACAUAUACAUAUAUAUAUUUAGAACAAUCAUAGAAAAUCAUUCAAAGAGCGUCAAACAGGUCCACUAAGAGGGAAUAAGAAUAAGAAAAAUAACUCAAGAAAACAAAUUCAGAAUAAUGUUACUAAUUCACAACGUUUGCCAUCAAAUCAGUUGAGAGGUUUUAAUUCAAAAUCCAAUGAAACAAAUAUCAUUGACUUCAAUAAAAUACCAGGUAUGUUCAAGAGUACAUAAAUAACUUGUUUUAAAGUACCUCCCGUGUCUUAGAAAUAAAUGCAAGAAAGCGCUGGAGAACAGUAAAUAAUAUAUGGACUUGGAUCCAUCGUUGUACUCCCCAUGGUAACCAAUAAGUAAAAUAUUAUUUAAUUAAAAAAAUGAAUGAUUCAUUGUGGUUUUAAAAGUAAUUAUUGCUUAUAAAGUUAUAAUAGUUGUAACAAAAUAAAUGUUUAACAUGCAUAUAUAUUAUAAUAUAUAAAUCGGGCAUUGAGUAAAUACACAAUGUAUAUUUAAUCAAUGAAUCGGGUAUCCCAUGAAUAUUUGACAAACGGAAUAAUUUGUUUUAUUCAAUAUUUUAAAGUUAUAAUUUUUUAUUUUGGUAGUAAUUACUAGAACCCUGUGUUAUAUUUGUCAAAUCUGUAUGGAAUACCUUGUACUAUUACCUGAUAAGGAUUUUUUAAAAUGAACAGUCGUAAAUACAUACAACCUAUAUAAUAUUUGUAUAGUAUAGUAUAGAAGUAUUUAUUUCUCAAGUUAUACAAAUACAUGCCAGCCAAAAUAUAAAAUAAUUUUUCUCCAAAAGUAAGCUUGAGUAAUAGACAAGAGUACUAAUUUAAAUAAAUCUAUGUGGUAGAAGCAACAAUAAUCCUAAAUAGACCGCUAUAAGUCUAUAAAGAAGAUAAUUAUUCAUACUACAAGUAUCAAAAGAAGUGACUUGUUUCCAAUUUGAAUGUAUUUAUUUCUUCUUAGUCAUAGGUUUUAGAAAAAUAAAGUGAGAGUUUAUGAUAAUUUUAGAAAAAAAAGUGCCAGUAGGUUUUUUUCAAUUUACUUGCAAUAUUUGUGUCAAUCGUAGAAAAAUAGUUAUUGAUUACAUUAGCAAUAAAUUAUUAUCAUUCAAUUAAUUACUUUGAUCAUCAACUAUAUAUUGAAUAUUAAUUUUUUUAUUUUAUUGAUAGUUCAUAUAAUUAUUACUUGAUUUUUAAUUUUUAAUUUAAAAUAAUAACUGGUUGUAUAAACCAUGUUUAGGAAACAAUCCAUUUGAAAAUCAUAUAACUUUUAAAAAGAUUGAAAAGGACAAAAAGAAUUUAAAUACUAGAACAAAUAUUUCAAAGGAUUCUCUAUUUAUACCAGAAAGUAUUCCAGAUCGUGCUUUUAAUAAUUUUCAACCACAACAUUUGUCUUUUGCAACAACAAAUAAUAAACCAUCUUAUACUUCAACUGAACAUAUGCAUAGACUUGGACAUGUUUUUAAUCCAACUGACAUCAACAUACAAGUACAAAAUAAACAAGUUAUUAAUAAUUUGUCAUUAUGGCAUGAAUACACAAAAAAAAAUGAAAUGCAAAAUUUGAAUACUGGAAAAAAUAAUCCCACAAAUUCUCAAUUUAUACCAGAAAGUAUUCCAGAUCGUGCUUUUAAUAAUUUUCAACCACAACAUUUGCCUUUUGCAACCACAAAUAAUAAACCAUCUCAUACUUUAACUGGAAAUAUACUUAGACCUAGCCCUGUUUUUAAUUCAAUUAACACCAACAAACAAGUUACUAGUAAUUCGUCAUUAUGGCAUGAACAUAAGAAUACACAGAAUUUGUAUAGGGGAACAAAUAGUUCAAACAGCUCUCAGUUUAUACCAGCAAGUAUUCUAGAUUGUGCUUUUAGUAAUUUUCAACAACCAAAUUUGCUAUUUACAUCAAUGAGUGAUAUGUAUAAACCUAUGCAAGUUUUUGAUCCAAUUGACUUUACAAAACAAAAACAACAUAAUGAAGGUGUUAAUACAUUAUGGAAUGCGCAUAAAAAUGCAAAUAAUUCUCAGAAACAAAUUGAUUUAUCUAAACAACUUUUUCAAGGCGAUGCUUCAAAAAACUAUAUUACAGGGGUAAUAUAAAACUUACAUUACAAUUUAAUUGUUUGUACACAAAUAAAUAAUUUUUUUUUCAGCCACAAAAUAAUUGUCAAGAUCAAUCAUAUAUGGAGUCAUUUACGUUUGUAAGUACAAAUAAUAUUUAUUUUAAAUUUUAUUGUAUACAAAUUAUAUCGUAAUAUAUUUGUAUUACCUAUAGAUACUUGUUGAAGUUGUACAAUUUGUUUGAUGAAAUUGCUCCAAGUUCAUUUUAAUAUUGAUUUUUACUAAUUUUACCUAAUCUCAGUAGUAUGUUUUAAAUUAUUUUAUAAUUUUAGGUGCCUAUGUACUAUUUAGAUUCAUUUAAAUAUUAAAAUGUAAAUUAUUGUUGCUUUAGAAAAAAAAAAUACAUACACAAUAACAAAUUUAACAUUUUUAUACCUAGUUAAAUAAUAAAUAUUCUAUAGUCUCCAGUGAUGGGUCAGACCCUGGUUUUUGACUUAAAACCUGAACUGAAUCAAACUUUGAUAUUUUUUCAGUUUUUUUAACAUUCCGAACCUAGGAAAAUUUUCUAUCGAACUUGAAUUUUAGUUUUUGAGUGAAGCAAGGAAUGUAUUGCUUUACAACAAUGUUUAUUAUUAUUAUUAUUAUUUUUAUUUCUGAACAAUUUUUCUACCAGAUAUCUUAAUCCGAUUUUCAAGUGUAGUACUUUUUCUGAAAGGAAAUUGUACUCGGAUAGUAAUUUAAGGAGGUAAUUUUUCGAUUUGGUUUUCAUAAUAAAUGGGAAAAAACUUCGGAAAAUAGGAAAAUAUACGAAAUGUAUUAUUUUCAAAUUGUAAAUAUUACGGUCUUUCAAAACAUAUGUAACCGAACUCCACUCAGAUUUGUUUUUCGUUAGUAAUGGUUAUUCAUCGUGUACAGAUCAGGGACUAGAACCUUGAUGAAUAUUGCGAUUUUGGUUCCGGUUCGGUUCCUAGUAAAAAAACAAAGCUGUUCCGGUUCUGACGAAACUAAAAUUUCGGUUUGGUUUUUAAAAAAAAUUUGAAUUUCGGUCUCUGUUUCUAUUGGGUUUUUUAAAAAAACCAAAAUUUCGGUUUCGGAUUUUAAAAUAACAUAAAUGUAAGUCUCCGUUUCUUUUCGGUAUUUAAAAAAAUGGUGACUUGGUUUCCUGUUUUGGUUUUAUACUUAAUGUACGAAAUUUUGGUUACCUUUCGCUGGCCUCAAUUAUGUCAAUACCAUUGUUAGAUAACGUCAAUAUUAUACACGCAAUCGUAACAUGCCCAGUUAUUUAUAAACACUAACCAUAUUUUCAAAAUAAUUGCUCGGUAUUAUCGUAAUCAUAGAAGACUUAUAGGUAUCUACGCAAUAUGCAGUUUUAUAAUGACUUUUAUUUUUGUUGGGAAUUCCUAUUACAUUAUCAUUUGUUGCGCACAAAAUAUAUUGCGUUCGAAAACUCGUAGUUCCACAAGAGUUUACUACUCGAGUGGAUUUUAAGUGCAUUGCACACUGGGCGAUUCGAACGCGCGUCUACGCGUUCCGAACGUCGCGAUUAAUCGUUGGAAAUUUAACAUGUUCUUUUGUAUGGGUUCGUCCACACACGAAAAUGAGCAUACGCGUUCGGUCGCGCAUGCUCAAUUUUGAACGUUUCUUCACUAUAAUUAAACAAUAAUUUCCCAAUUUAUUUUCAACGCAUUUCCGUUUUUGAUAACGCACGGGCGAUUCGGACGCCGCGUUUUAUUUUCGUUCGUUCAUAAUAUUGUGUCAUCAGCCUUGUACAACCUUUUGGAUACAAAUUGUAUCCAUUUAUAUUAUAGACGUUCGGCACUGAAGCGUUUAUUCUUGAGGUGUCGAAUUAAGAACCAUUUUCUGGUGUAUUUAGAUUAAACGGAUGGACGCAACGUCGCCAUUUCACUUUUUUUCGUUUUUGUUCAUGUUCCUCGUAUUGUGCGAACAUCACACGUGCGGCUUCUGUAUCGUUUGAGCUUUCCGAAUUCGAAAAUAUUAAACGAAAUAACAGUGGAUCGCGACGCGAAGUACUACUGCACACGUAGUCAUGUACGAUGUACAGCAACAGCAAUGCGUCAAGACUAGUAUGUCACAAAGUACAAAGUAUUGACGCGCUUUUUAUCUUUGAGAAACGUGCGUUCGAAUCGCUCAGUGUGCAUUUAGCUUUACUCUUAUCAGUCUAAUCGAGUACUACACAAAUGACUUCGAAUUAUUGACCAUGGUUCCCACCAUAGACAAGUAUUAGUAUACACUGUCGUCCUUUAACUGUUACAAUUUUCGAGUUGUGUAGCGAUUGAGUAGAAAAUAUGAAUUACUAACUAGUUACAAAUAACGGGAAUUUAUAAAAAUAAUUAUACAAUUUUUAUUAAUAUAUUUAAAUUGUAUUAAAUAUUAAAUAUAAAAUAUUAUUUCGUUCAACUUAUUUAUAAAACUAUAUCAUUGUAUUUUUGUAAGAUGGCCCGCCAUUCGUAGUGUAAUAUAGAGAAGCCAUUCCGUAUACCUCCCGUAUUGUAGUAGUCAAGUCUUAGUAGUAUGUUCGGUCGUUGACCCCUAUUAAGAGUCCAUUUGCUCUCUACUUGUCCGCCAAAUCGUAUGGUUAUCGACAAAUUGAUUGUAUGUAUUUGUUUUAAUAUUACAAAUGAGAUCAAUUGUAAAGUUAAAUACUUAGUCAACAUAAUGUUUAACUACUUGACAGGACGUGUAACUAUACUUAGAUAAAUACAAAUAAGUAACCACUAUAGAAAGUUUCGUAAAUAAAUUAAUAAUUUAUAAACAAUAUGUUGACUUGGAAUUUAACUUUACAAUUGAGCUCAUCUGUCAUAAUAGGUAUUUGUAAUAUUAUAAAAUGGCAUUUCACUUAGGGUUCGUAUUAUAUCAUGUCUUUUAAAUAUUUAAUAAUUGCUAAUGAAGGAUUUGAUAUAUACAAGUUAUACAAAAGACCAACUCCGAACUCUGUUAGAUAACAAAAAUAAAAAACAAUACAAACAAUUAUUGUAAUGAAAUAAUGGUAUUUAAAACGCGUAGAUAAUAAUAUAUUAAUAUCUAAUACGUGACGCCAAUAAUGUACAACCGUAAGUUGUGUCAACUGCGACAACGUACGCCGAAGAAUUUGUUAAAUAUAAAAUAAUAAUAAGCAUGAAAAUAUGAGGUUUAUUGAUAGUACAUACGGUAAUAAUUAUAGAACGUACAAUAUACUUGAAAUAUUGUAAAAAAAAAAAAAAAACGCGACGUAAAACUCCGCCUAUAGUCCUGACCUAAUAAUUAUUAAUUAUAUCUCAAUAUUAUUACUAUAUUAACUUCAUGAUAAAACAUUUAAAAUUAAUUUCGGAAGAGUUAUAAAAAUAAAAAAAUUUUAAAUUGUUGAAUUUGAACUUCGAACUGUCGUAAUCGGUUCGACAAAUAUUUCAAGUUCGAUUAUCGAACUGAACUGAAAUCAACGGUUCGGUUCGAGAUUGGAACAGUUUGACCACUGCAUCACUACAUUUAGUUUCUUAUUUUUGUUUUAAUAGGACCAUAGUUUCAAACAUUUUAUGUAUAGACCGCGAGAGACCGGGCCGCUAUUGCGCAUGUAUAUAAAAAUAAAACUUACUCUGGGCGGUCGUUUCUCCUUCCAUUCCAACGACGGCGCCCGUCGGUUGCCGACUAUACACCGUGAGGAUAUUUUAUAUAGAUACUCAAUUUGUGUUCAUUAUCAAGCGUCACGCGUCAUUCCGUUGCCUUUUUAGUUUGAUUUUUAAAAUCGAAACCGAUCGUAUAUUAGUAUGAAUACGUUCGCAGCGUACGGUGAUUAACGGUGGAAUGUCACAGUCAACUAUGAAUUGUUUCACACGCUCUGUAUAACGCCUGCACAAUAAACGCGGCGCUGUCAAUCGAUGUGUGAGGUUAUGGCGUGGUGAUGCGCGAGACCAACCGGUUUUGGUCGACGAGAGUCUCGUGGAACGGUCUGUAGUUGGUUAAUUUCCGUUUAUUCUUUAUUUGUUAUAUUUGUUAUAACGUUACCAGUAUCUCAAAACAACAUCUCUAUUGGUGCACUAGAAGGUAAUAUUUAUAUUUAGAUUGUAGAAUUCAUCUACAGGUGCAGGAAUGUAGGCACUGUUUGUUAUUUUUACUAGACCAAUAAAUUCAUAAUUUUGAUACCAUACUCGCUCAUUUCAUUCCUCUUACCAUAUUUAUCUGGUUUAAUCUGAUUGUCGAAUUCUGGUUUUAUCAAAAUUUCGGUAGUUGAUUUUGCUGUAUCUUCAAGUCAACCCAUAUUAAAAUACGAAACUAAACAUGUAACUACUGUUAGAAACCAGAAAUGCCUAUAAAAAUCAGGAGGCUUAACUGGGAAUCCAAUCCAAUUUUUUUACUUGCCGCUUGAUUUCUCAACAUUGAUCUACCUACCCUGAUACCUGACCUUCAAUACUAUUUCUGUCUCGUUUUAAUAUGUUGCUAACAUUUAUAUCAAUUAUUUGUCUAUCUGUUACUUGUCAAACUUGUAAAUAUAAAAAAUUAAAUACAAUACAAACACAAGUAAUUUAAAUAUAAUAUGCUUAAAUCUGUACCUCAGAACCAGACAACUGUAAGUCCAAAAAUUAUUUAGAUUGUUACAUUAUUUGCAUAUAAUAUACGUUUUUCAUCGAGCCAUAAUAAUGGAAGUCUGUUAACAAUACUACUAACAUAAUUUUACCAGGGUUAUAUUAGCGUGAGUUCUGAUGUAUGGCAGGAAUCGUACUCCUUUUUUUAGUUCUUUUGCUAAAAUGUAAUGUGACUUAUAUUUGUCUAGUUUUGAAAUACAGAAAUAUCUGUUUAAUUUUUUUUACACUUUAAAAUCACGCAUUUAACAAUUACAUUGACAAUAUUUAAAGAUUAUUCAAGAAAAAAAUUAAAAUUGUUGAGAUUCGAUACAUACACUGUUUUACAGAACAAAUCCAUAAUCAAAUGUAUGUUUUACAGACCUUAUUUAUAAAUGAUUCUGUCUCUUUUAAUUGGGAAUUUUAAAAUUUACCUCCAGUUUGGUGAAUAUAAUUUGACGCAAAAUGAUAAUUGAUUUUAUUUUAUCCACAACUUAAUUAACUUUAAUAAAGUACUUUUAAAUAUAAUCCUGUUAGUACUAAUAAUUUGAUACUUACACUUUUAUAAUUUGUAUAAAUAAUUAGCUGAGUAUAGUUUUUUUUUUCUGACAUGAAGUGUAUCCAAUUGUGCAAUGUUGAAACACUUUUAUUCUAAUAACACAGGCAUUUAGUGAGUCAAAUUUAUAUUUGUGGUUGACAAUAAUUUAUAAAUAUGUUCCUGACAUUUUUUGACGUUUUAAAUAACCAAACUCCAAAAAAUCUAAAAGUUGUUUUCUACGAUUUUAAAUUUUGAUUAUCUCAAUCACAAAACUAAAUUGUAAGUUUAUCAUAUGCUUUUAAUGCAUCUUAUAUAAUACAAAAAAAAAAAAAAAACACACAUACUUGUAAAUCCAUUUAUGUUUCAACACAUAAAUCAUUAAAAUUAUUGUUUAUUAAUUUCAUUUGUGUUUUUUAAAUUUUAGUGUUCUUUUGUUCUAUUUUUGUAAGAAAAAAAAACAAAUAAUCACAAAGCAGCACUGCAAUCUUUUCUGAAUACUUAUAUUAUCUUUUACAUGUAUAAUAAGUAAACUUAUUUCUACAUACUUUAAACAAAAUGAAACUAUAUUUUUUAAUAUGUUUACCAUUAUAGUUGAUAUAUUUUAUUUAUUUAUGACAAUCACUAAUAAAUAAAAAUGUAAUAUUUCUUUUGAAAAACAUUAAUUAAAUAUUUGUAGAUAUGCAUUAAAAUAAAACAAAAGCAUAUGCAUUUAAAUGUUUUUUGUUUAUCCUCAAUAAUAAUGGAUUUUAAAUUUUUGUAGAAACUUCCCCAAAAAACAAAAGAAGUAAUGGCACCGCAAGAAAUUGAUCAAAAGGCAAUGUGUGUUAAUGCUGAUGAUUCUUCUUCAAAAGAAAUAUCCCAUGAUAAAUAUAAUAUUAUAAAAGAUGUAAUUAUUGAUUAAAUUAAUUCGAAUUUGUUUAAAUGGAUUUGAUUAAAUACAAUUAUAUCACACUGUUAUAUACAUAUACAUUAUAUCAUACAGCUGAUCUAAUUGUAUUAAUACACAUUUUUGUUUGGUUUUAAUAAUAAUGUGUAUGCAAAUCAUUUUAAUAAUACAUAAUACAACUGUAUUUGCAUUAAUAAUUUAUUUGUUAAUCUAUUAAAUUUUAGUAUUUAUCUCCUGAAACCCUGGUUGGAUGUACUCUUAAAUUUUCAUCAAGAAAAUUGGUGAAUACUGCAACAAGAGAAAACAUUGAAAAUAUUUUGAGCAUUCAUGGCCCAUUAGUGGUAAGUAAUACAUCCACAGGAUAAUAUUUUUUUUCAAGUUAGUUUAAAAUUAUAAUUUUAGUCGAUUGCCUUUUUUUAAGUUCCUUAAAGGUUUUGACUCUUGUGUCAUUUUUAAAUUGUUUUAUAUUAUAAUAACAUUUCUUUUCUUCAAUCAUAUCUUCUAUAAUUUAUUAUAUUAUACAACUCUUCUGGGAGUCACAUGUCCAACAAUUUUAUAACACCUUGCCCUAAGCACUUUCAUAAAUGUAUGUUUUCCUUUUGCAGUUCAAAAUACCUGUUUAUUUGUUUUCCUCUCUAUCAAACUUAUUCUUUCCAUAUAUCUCAAACACCACAUAUUAAAGUCUUCUAGAUUUUUUAUGGCAUCAUUUAUGAUCCAUAAUUCACAUCUAUAUGUUGUGACACUACAUAUUAUGUUUAAUGAGUUUUUUUGAAGUGAACGGGGUUUUUUUUUUACUAAAAGCUAUUUCUGCCAAUGCUGUGCAUUGUUUUAUAUCUUGGAUGCUAUGACUGUGAGAUAUGAUUUUGCUUCCUAAAUCCUAGCUCUUUAAUUGAUCUAGUUUUUAAUUGAUAUAUACAUCAGCUAUUAUUUGUUGGUCAAGGGUACAGGUUAAAAUAUUUGUUUUUGUAUUAUUUAUUUUAAUUUAGUAUCUUUUGAAUAUUUGUUAAUUUCAUCAAAUUCACAUUAUUUGUUACCUUCAUUAUCUGCUACCACUAUUAUAUUAUCUGGACAUUUUAAUAAGUUAUAUACACAAUUUCUUAGCCAAUUUCAACUUUAAUAUUUAGUUUUUAUUAGUCAUACUUAAUUUAAUCCUAAAUUAGGCUUUCAACAUAAUAAUUAUUUUGAUGUCACAAUUAUAAAGUGGUGGUAAUAACAUGUACAUUUGCUGGAUUUUUUUUUUAUUUGAGUGUUAGCAGUAUUUUUUCCUUUUUUUAAACAAACUAUUUGAUUUUUAUAAAGACUAGAUGAUUUUUAGGUCACGCCAUGUUAUUCAACAUCUAUUUUUCAUUAAGUACAUAACUUUAUUUCUAUCAAUCUACUUUUUUAUAAACAUGCGCACAGUCCUUAGAAUUGCUUCCUGUGUAUCUUUUUGUCUUCUAAAUCCAUAUGGAUAAUUUUUAACUAAUCUUCCAUUUAUUAUUCUAUUCUCUGAUUUAUUAUUUUUGUUCAGACUUUUGAAGUGUAUGUCAAUGUAGAUUCAAUGUUCUAAAUUGUUCAUAGAAAAUUGUGCUCCUCUUUGGUAUAAUUACGUCUAUGCUUUUACAGUAAUCAUCUAGUACCUCUUCUUUAUCAUAUCUAUCUCGAGUAUCAACUAUAGAGUGAUAUUUAUCUAUUAUUGUAGAUAUUAAUCUCAAUGCUACUGUAUUGCAAAAAUUCUGUGAUAUUAUCUUCCAGCCUUCCAAUCGCUUAAUUUUCUUUUAAAUUGUAGAGUGUUAGGUUAAAUUCUGUUGUUAAAAUAGGUAGCUUUGUUUUAUCUUAAUGUAUUGUAAAUUUUUCUGCUAUUUUCCAUCUUAAAGUUCUUGAAAAAGAUACUCUUUUCAUGUAUUUAUUAUGUUCUCUUCAUUAAAUAAUAACUGUCCAUUUUAUCUCUGAUAUUAGUGUAAUUUUUGUUUUUCUUUCUUAUAAAUUGUUGAUAUGUUUGAUCUGAUUUUAAUAUAAAUAAAAAGAAAAAUAACAAAAAAAUUAAUACUUACCUAAUAUGUAAAUUAAAUUGUAUUUAGUAAUAUAUACUUUUUUUUUAUUUAACAAAAUUGGGAAUAAAUUCUGUAAUAGUACUUAAGAUUUUCUAAUUUUUAAAUUAUUUUAUUGAUGACCAAUUAUUAGUUAAAUAAUUUAUUAUUUAUGUCUAGAGUCUGGAUUAAUAUUUGGUUUAAAUAUUUGAAAUUUGAUGUUUUUUUAUGUAACAAAAAAUGAUAAAAUGUUCUCAUUAUUCUUACAAACAAGAAAAAAAUUAACUUAUUUGUUUGUUUUUUUUUUUAACAGUUAGGCUUAGUCGCUGCAUCAGUAAACUGGUUGGUAUGGGUGAUAGGAACGUCUGUACAAAAAUAAAUCUUUUCAAGCGAUUUUCAUAAUAUUUAAGAAAAUUUAAAAAUAAUAAUCUAUAGGAAAACUUGACAAAUAUGAUUAUGAUUCACUUUGGUGUUAUUAAUUUUAUUAUAUUCAAUUUUUUGUUUAUUUGGUUUUUCUAUGAGAAAUCUUGCACCAAAUUUAAGUGUAUCAAGUUUUCUGAAUAGAAAUUUAGUUUAACUGGUGCAUAUGAAGGUCGUUAUUUGAUUUCCCAUGAGUUUUCUUAAUAAUUGAACAAAAAUUUGAAAAAACAAUUUUAUCAUAUUAUUUUGUUUUAAUUUGGUUGAACAUAUUCAAAGAGACCUACAAUUUUUACUAUUAUUCAUAUUGUACUUUUAUAGAUGUGGUGAAAUACUUAAAACAUUCAGGCAAUUUUUGAGUUAUUUGUUGUAAGCAUUUGAUAUUUUUGAGUUUCUUUUUAGUUUUUAUUUGGUAUCCAGGUAUUAUAUGGUAUUACAUUAUGGGUAAAAUUAUUAUCCAAAUAUGUUUUAAUUUAACACAAUGUUAUUAUAAGUUGUAAGUAGUGUUUUAAGCGUAAUUGUAAUGGUUUUUUUGUGAGUUUUAUUAUUAAAUUUUGACAAAAAACCAUUAAAAUUAUGAUUUUUCAAAACAUUUAUAACUUAGCUUAGAAUUGUUUUUGUUAGCAAUAAUUUAUUGUUCGCUGCUUACUGAUAUGAAUUGAAAUAACAUUAUGUAUCCUAUUUUCCCAAUUUCUCACUUACAAUAGUGGCAUACCAUAGUAUCUGCAGCUCUUUUACAUGUUUUAUUUCAUACAUUUUUGUAUUAUUUUUUUUAGAAUUCUUGGUGGACCCCAGAUGAUCUGUAUUUCAUAACAUAUAAAACAAGAAGUAUUGCUCAAUAUGUAUUUAAUCUAUAUCCAAAGAACACAACCAAUUCAUAUUAAACUCAUUAU